GCCUUUUCGUUUACCUUUUCGUUUGCCUCAUCUGUUUGCCGCUCAAUUUUCCUGCCUCACCGUGCCCCCGCGAAAGCCCCCACACAUCCACCGCCUUCCCGAAGUGACCCAAAUUGCGCAUCCCCCAUUUGCCAGCGAAAUCGCGCAAAACAGGGACCACCUUUUACGCCGCACGAGGAGAAGUUGUAGUCGAGUUGGCCCCGCGGGAGUUGUACACACGGGCAACUGAGGAAAGUCGAGAAGGGCGCCUCCCUUUCAGUUAAGUGGAGUCCUCAUCACGAAAGCGCAUACACGCAAGCGCAUUCACACAGACCGUCGCAGCCGAGGAAAUAGCGCAGCUGCAGGCACACACGAACCGACGACCGUUGGAAGGCAUAUCCCCACACACCGCGUAUACCAUGUCGUACCCGUACUACACCGAGUUUUUUGUGCGCUUCCCCAAGUUCAAGGAGAGGGAGGAAAGCGAAAGGACCGUGGACCCCAGGAUCGAGUUGGAAAAAAAGUGCCAGGCAAAAUGCGUGCGACCCGUCAACGAGUAUCAGAGCUGCGUGAGCAGAGUACAGGCCAAGCCAGAAAUGAAGGGAAAUUGUCUUGGGCAGCACGAAGAAAUGUAUAUGUGCAUCGACCACUGUGUGGCGAAGGAUCUGUUUAACUACCUCGUAUAGCGUGUUCCCUCCCUGUGGAGGGUACACUCUGCGUUUUUUCCAAAGCGGAUAUUUCCCCGCCCUUUCGCUGCGCCGGCUGCGCGUUUUGAUUUUUUUUUUUUCACUCGUCCAUUUUGCUACACUUUGCUACACUGUGCUACGUUUUAAUUUCCCUUUGCCGGCCCCCCA